GGAGUCACACUGGACCGAAAGAUGAAACUCUGACUCGGGGCUUUGGCAGGCCCAGGCUGUCUUGGUUAUUGCCCCUCUGUGCCCUUCCUUCAAGGGCAAGGUCCUCGGCCCCGCGACGCUACGACUCCUCCAGCUAGACCGUUGCUGCUGGGUUGCCUGCCGCAGGGGGUGCCUUUCCAAGAUUCAUAGCUUUUACAUACCCAAGUCCCAAUGAAAAGUUUUAAUAAACACCUGUCUAGUGAGUACUUAGUUUGUGCCAGGCAAUAUAUUAAAAUUGUACAGUACUGUGGUCAUAUUUAAGCCUUUCAACAUCUAAGAUAGAUGUUUACAUCUAUUUUAUAGGUGAGUACGUGUAGGCGAACGUAAGUGGCAAAACUGACAGUCAUAGACCUGCCAGACUGGCUCAAGCAUCUCUACUUUGCUGCUCCAAUAAGUUGAAUUUUUAUUUUUUACUAUAAAAUAUUUCAAACAUACCCAAGUAGAAUAGUAUAAGGAACACUUAUAUACCCAUCACCCAGAUUAAUUUGUUUCUUUUUUUUAACUAAAUCACAAGCCUAUAGCAAACCGCCUCUCAUGACAAUUUUGUUGUUUGCAGUCUUUGUGUUAUAAAUAGGGAAGCCUCACCUCUUCGCAUUAAAUGUCUGCUCCACCCACUUGGCACUAUCCAAUUACUGCUUCUUGACAACUUUCGUUUCCUUUCCUCGUAUUACUUGAGAACUUAUUACCCACCAGAAACUAGUAAGUGUUUUGCAAAUAUUACUAUUAAUUACAGUGACUAUUUACCUUGAGUUUACCAAAUGCAGGCAUUUGCUAGGUUUUGUAUGUAUUAUUUAAUCCUGUGAAACUGAUUAUUUGCCCAUUUUGCAGAUGAGGAAACAGAUUAAUAAAAUUGCUCAAGGUCUAGUAAGUAGUAGAGUUGGGGGUUGAGCCCAGGUCCUCGUGACACCAAAGUCUCUCCUGUUAGCCAUUGGAUUAUAUAGCCUCUUGCUUAGCAAUAAACUUCAAUGAAUAAACUCACUUUGUCAGCAAACUUUUCCAAGGGUACAGUUUCCCCAAUUACAAAUUCCUUCAGAGAGAGAGCCUCCCACCCAUCACCCCCCAGUACCUGGUUCAUACCUGCUCUAAAGUACUUAUCAGGUUGUAUUGCAAUGAUUUGUUUAUACAGCUGGUUUUCCCUAGACUUCUUCAAGGCCAGGGACUAUGUCUUAUUCACCCUUAUGUCCCCAGGGCUUAGCCAGUUCCAGGCAAACAACUAGGACUCAAAACAAGUUUGCUAAGUGAAGGAAUGAAGGAGUCAAUCAAGCAGCCCCUCUUCAAUGCUGCACAACAUAGCAGGUAUCCAGCUCAGAUAUGGAUUGAGCAGCUCAGCUCUCAUAACUCCUCAGAGACCCUGGACCUACCAGGGUAUAUUGUGGACUGGCUGCAUCUAGAGGAGGGGGAGGAAGAUCCGAAUCCAGGCUUGGGUUGGAAAACAAGGUUGAAGUUACUCAUUAGCAGAUGAAAGGGUCAAGGGUCAAGGCAAGGGGGCUGGGAGCAGAGUGGACUGAGCAGCCAGCAGGGGACAGAGCAGUUAAGGCACCAGCCACCCCAAGCAGGGCAUCGGAUCUUUCCUGCCUGAAGAUGUUCCACCAAAUUUGGGCAGCUCUCCUCUACCUCUAUGGCAUUCUCCUUAACUCCAUUUACCAGUGCCCUGAGCCCAGUCAACUGACAACUCUAGGAAUGGAUGGGAAAGAGUUUCCAGAGCCCCACCUGGGCCAGUGGUACUUUAUCGCAGGGGCAGCUCCCACCAGAGAAGAACUGGCCACUUUUGACCCUGUGGACAACAUUGUCUUCAACAUGACUGCUGGCUCUAUCCCGAUGCAGCUCCAGCUUCGAGCUACCAUCCGCACGAAAAACGGGCUCUGUGUGCCCCGGAAAUGGACCUACCACCUGACUGAGGGGAGCACUGAUCUAAGAACCGAAGGCCGCCCUGACAUGAAGACCGAGCUCUUCUCCAGUUCAUGCCCAGGUGGAAUCAUGCUGAAAGAGAUGGGCCAGGGUUACCAGCGCUUCCUCCUCUAUAAUCGCUCACCACACCCUCCAGAGAAAUGUGUGGAGGAAUUCCAGUCCCUGACCUCCUGCAUGGAUUCCAAGGCCUUCUUACUGACGCCCAGGGAUCAAGGUGAGGGGAUAAAGUCCUACAGUAGAGGACAAGGACUGAGCAAGUCUUCUGGGAGUGCUGGAUGAAAGGGGCUCAUGUGACAUCAUAGGAGGACAUGGCCAAAGCUGACAUCAUCAGAAUGGCUAUGCUGACACUCCCAUUUGUGUCAUAAGCUAUGAUAGCACCAGAGGCAGGUGGCCAAGGGCUGUGAUGUCACCUGAGGAACCCAGGCUGGGCCCUGGGCUACUCAAACCAGGGGUUUCUGAGUUUAUAGUGGGUAAAGGGUCAGACGUGGAGGGAAGAAGGCCUCAGAGAUCCCUUUUUGGAAAGAAGGAACAUGGUGGAAUAAAGGAAUGCAUUCUUCCCCUCCCAUUACCACCAACCUUGCUUGCGUCUUUCCUUGCUCUUCCUUUCCAUCUUCUCUUCUCUUCCUCCUGCCAGAGGCCUGUGAGCUGUCCAGUAACUGACCUGUGGCUUCAUCUGUGCCCCCAGAUGGAUACUGUGGGAGCUGCCAGGGUGGUGGUUGGGAGGAGACUAGCUAGAGACUUCCGACUCCCUUUCAAGAAUAAUAAAGAUUAUUUUCCAAUCCUCAUUCCUGGGUUUGUCUCCAGAUAGCAAUCCUACUCUCCAUAUUUCAACACUCCCACUAAACCCCCAGCUGGACGGCGUCAGGAAGGACACUGAGUGGUGGUAACUCUCACUUUGUAGUGGUAUAUUUAGGAUUGGGUAUGACACAAUUUAUUGCUGAGUGAGCAAACUCCUAACUCAAGUGGAACUGCAAACUCCAGUGCCUCCCCCAUGCUGCCUGACCUGCCUGCAUCAUCCCCACUCCCUCUGGCCCCCAUGAACAUUCCUGCAGGCUCCCUACCCCCCGUAGGCCUGCAUCCAGACCCCCCCCCAAAAUCCACCUGCCUAGCAGCCUACUCUUCCAGGAUGGCUGAGAUCCCAGAAUGCAGGAGAUCCCUUGAGUGUCCCAACCAUCCUCUUACCCCAGAAGUCUGUCUGUCCUGCUUCUGGUCUCCUCCAUCCUUGGGGAGUUAUAAAAGAUAGAAAGAACCCUUUAGUAUCCCCCCCCCUUUUUUUUUAAUGAACUGGAGGAAAUGUAAAAGUAAAAAGUGACGACAGCUGGUGAAUCUAAGGGAUGCUCCCACCAUCCAUAAACACAGAAGCCCUAAAACAGCCCUGUUCUCUCCUGUGUGUGAAGGGUGCUCUGUACCCUCAUGCCCUGGGUUUUCUUCCCCAUCCCUGAAGUUCCUGUGCUCCCGAUCUG